GAAUAUGCUAAUAUGAAUUCAAGUUCAGUGCAUUUUGGUGGAUUCGAACUAGGUCUGGGUUUUUUCCGCUAAGAUGUCGAAAUUUACGGUUAGCAUUAUGGUUGUUCUACUAUCGAUGACGAUGGUUUCCGCCGAACCAAUGAAUAAGGAGUUUUUCGAAAAUCUCCUUACCACUGCAUCCCAGGUGCUGCACUCCAUAGCGGAAAAGGAUUCCACUGGAAUGAUGAAACAAUUUCUUGCUCCAUUGAAAGGUGUGUUUGAACGCUUCAUGGGCGGCGGCCGUCAGAAGCGUUCCAUUCAGAACACGUCGUAUGUCGCCACGAAGCUUAACGCCACCCAUUAUCAGCAAGUGGAGUUCCACAGGUCUUGGAAUGAUACACAGCAGAAGCUCGAAUCGUCCUGUCUGGUCAAGGAGAAUGAAAUCUACUGGUUGGACUUGAUGACCACUGCACUGAUCGGUCUUAUGCAGGAGAUGAAGAAAGUCAUUGAAGGCAAACAGGUUUCAAUGAAAAUGUCAAAGGGUGCGUACGAACAGCGAAAAGUUUAAGCAUAAGGCGUUUCCUUGAUUAUAAAUCUACCGAAAUUUGAUGAAAUUUGAAAUGAUAUAAUUAGAGAAGUGAAUAAAAAUUUGAUCCCAGUCUUA